CGGGAAGGAUUGAAAAGACCCAGUUGUGGCUUGCUAAAUCGUGUUCGCCAAGAUCGGCAAUUGUUGGAAAAGUCGAAGUUGAAGCGCUAGCCGCUCGACUGACCAUCGAAAAAUUGAACAACCUCGGGUUUGAUUACUAUCUUAUAACCGAAGAAGGACUGAAGACUCAACAUCUAUGUAUGCGUGUGUUGAAGUUACGCACUUGUUAUCCCGGUCUACCAAGAGUCAACCACUCCACCAUGCUGGUCAACAUUCUCGUUUACUUGGCGGUAAUAGCUGGAGUUUCGUACCUAGCUCUCAUAUUCCCCCGGUUACGACAAGAAUGGAAACUCUAUUCACACCGUUCACAACUUCCCCCCGGCCCCAAGGUCAUCAAAAUAGGCAUUCGGAAGCCAUGGCUCUGGUUUCAGGAACUUGGCAGGGAGUACGGCGACGUCGUUUACCUCCAGAUGGGCCCGACGCCGACCAUCGUGCUGGGCUCGGCUCAAGCGGCGUGGGACCUCCUCGAAAAGAAAGGCUCCAUCUUCUCGUCACGACCGCGCUUCAUCAUGGGUGGCGAGCUCCUUUCCGGCGGUAUGAGGGGUCUGAUGGCCUCGUACUCUCCCUUUUGGCGGCGAUGGCGAAAACUCCUGCACAGCGGCUUCAUGCAGCGGCAGAGUGAGACAUACCGGCCGGUGCAGAGUCUGGAGUCCAAGGUGCUUAUGAAUGAGCUCCUCACGACUCCCAGAGAUUUCAGAAGGCACCUUGAGCGAUAUGCGGCAUCUGUCAUUGUGACGGUAACAUACGGUAGGAGGGUGGAGGAUAUCGCCACUGACAUCGUUGUCCAACGCAAUGCUGAGUCGAUGGGACGUUUGACAUCGGUCAAUAUCCCUGGCAAGUUUGCUGUAGAGAGAUACCCUGUUCUCAAAUACGUCCCUAGCUUCUUGGCUACGUGGAAGGCUGAGGUCUUGAAGCAACGACAGAAGGACGUUCAGAUGUACACUGAACUCAUGGACGAAGUCCGUGACAAAGUUUCCAGGGGCGUCGCGCCAGAAUCCUUCGCAAAACACCUGCUCGAAGAACAAGUCAACCUCGGGAUGUCAGACCUCGAAAUAGCGUACACGGCAGGCUCACCGUUUGGAGCUGGCGUUGAGACGUCGGCCGGGUCUCUAGCCAGCUUUUUCCUGGCUUGUGCCAAGUUCGGCCCACAGUUCAUCCCGAGAGCGCAAGAGGAGCUCGACAGAGUUGUUGGAGGCGACCGGUUGCCCACGUUUGAGGACCUAAACAGGCUCGAGUAUGUCCGCGCCAUAGCUUCGGAGACGUUACGCUGGCGACCUGUCGCAGUGCUCGGUGGCACUCCCCAUGCAAGCACUGCGGAUCAUGUCUACAAGGGCAUGUUCAUCCCAAAGGGCAGCACUGUCAUCGCCCCUCUAUGGAGCAUCCAUCACAACGAAGCGGACUUCCCAGAACCCCAUGAGUUUAGACCUGAGCGGUUCUUGACCGACCGCGAAUACCCUGGCACAUUCGGCCAUAGUGCUUUUGGUUGGGGCCGCCGGAUCUGCCCCGGCAUGCACCUUGGGUCUGCGUCCGUGGCCUUGAACAUCGCGAGAAUACUCUGGGGAUUUGAAGCCAACCCUGAAAAAGAUGAGAAAAGCAGAGAUAUUGAUGUUGAUAUCUUCGCGUACUCAGAUGGCUUCAACUCCAGUCCAUUGCCAUUUCCUUGCUCGAUAACACCUCGGUCUCUCAAGCAUGCUCAAGUGAUCGAGCGUGAGUAUGCAGAAGCUUUAGAAGCGUUGAGGAAGUACGCAGUUGCUGGGAGCAAGUUGUCUUGAUCCGUUGAAAGGGUUCGACAUUUGUAUCACUUAGGUCAGAGCUGCAGUAACAUAUCCGAGAUCAACAUUUGACUUCAUGUUCACAAACUUCCGAUUUAACAUUACUUAUACUCAUCUUCAUCGUCCUCUACGCCACCGCAAAGUCCUCAAUACAAAAGGUAUCUUCCAAUACCUCAAAUCGUCAAACUCCGUCUCAGAGAUAUACUCCCGCGUAUUAAUCGUCAAAGCCCAGUCAACAUCAGGCCUACUCGACGCAAAAGUCCUCGCCCCAACCAACGUCCCAUCCCGCUCCGCAAACGGCGCCCGACCGCCGGUCCCGCUGACGGCGUGUGAGCCGAUGAACCUCGCCACCGUACCCGCACUCGCCGCAAGCGAGAAUGCCCCCGCGCACUCCUCCUUGAUAGCCCCGUCGUCGCCGUACGGGCCCGGGACGAGUCGGUACGCCUGUGGUUCGCGCGGGUCGUAGCCCGUGUACUUGCUAUC